AUGCCAAGGGGAGUAACCCUAACUGAAAAUGAAAUACGAAAAAUCUAUUUCUUUAAGGGAAAAGGAUGGCCAACUCGAAAAAUUGCUUCAAAACUUGGUAGAUCUCAAACUGCAGUACAAAAUGUACUAAAAAAGGGUGACAAUUAUAACAAAAUUAAACGUACAGGACGAAAACCAAGUCUGCAGCCUCGUGACCAUCGCCGCAUCACUAGUCUUGCAACAAAUGAAUCAUUGUCUACUCAUGAGAUAGCUGCAGUUUUAUCAACUCCAGUGUCCAACCAAACUGUGUGGAAAAGCUUGAGAAAGAAUAAAACAAUAAACUUUAUGAAAUUGAAGUCCAAACCAAAGCUAACAGAGUUACAUCGGUCAACAAGGCUGCAAUGGGCAAAAGAUCAUGUUAAUUGGACAACUGAAUGGAGAAAAAUAGAUUUCUGA